AAAUAUCUUUGGCAUAUGAUGUAUCUUGCAAUGAAGACGUUUGGUUAAUGAACAGGCGGGAGACCAGCAAGGUGCAGACGAUAUUUGAAAAUUGUGGAAAUGACAUUUGGGGUGACGUGUGUGAUGUCAUAAAAUUUAGUCGUUAUGUAAAUCGUCAUUUCCAAUUGUUAUGUGUAAAUAGUGCUGUUCAUGGCACUGUCGCGUGUCAUAAAAGUCGAUAUGCUGUAUUUACAGCAUGUCGCGAAAAAUUUGCAAGAUAUAUUUUCUAGACACGGAUUGCGUAAAGAUUUUAUGACCAAGAGGUGUCAAUUUCAAGUCUGUAAUCAACAGAGAUGUGUGUGUUGUUGGUCUUUGUGUGUUCCGCAAACCCGUACGGGAAUGUCAGAUGUGGUGAAGAAUACAUCGAAGCUGAAGUUCAGUGACUUUUCAGAAAAAACUUUUCGUGGGCCAUUGAUUUUUCUAUCUGGUAGCCUAAGCGCGAUUGUUGCGCUCUGUGCUGAGCGGCAUGAUAACUUGCAAGAGAAGUAUGCAUUCAGAGCUGUUAAGUAUGGUAACUUGCAGGAAGUUAAAAGGCUGAUAUCUGAAGGCCUGGAUGUGAAUCGCCGACAUACACUUGGAUGGACAUUGUUGCAUACUGCUGCCAUCAAUGGUUGGGUAGAUGUGGCACGGCUUCUCUUGCAGUCUGGUGCAGAUCCCAAUGCCGGAGAUGAAUUUUUUAGUGCCUAUCGCACUGCUCUUGAGAAAGGACUUCACACAGUGGACGUGCUUGCAAAGCGAGAGGAUGAAUUCAAUGACAUGCUGAGUAACCGAGCCUCAUUCCGUGGCUUCACUGCAUUGCAUUAUGCCGUCUUGGCUGAUAGUCAGGAGCUUGUGGAGCUACUGCUGCAGCAUGGUGCCGACCCCACGCAGGAGAAUGACCGAGGACACCCACCAGCUGCCUAUGCUCGUACACAGCAGAUGCGCAAUGUCCUCGAGACACAUGCUGCCAAGUGGGAGGAGAUACAGAGGAAGAAAGAGGCUGAGGAACGCCGUAAGUUCCCUUUAGAGCAGCGUCUAAAGGAACAUAUAGUUGGCCAAGAAGGUGCUAUUACCACAACUGCAUCAGCUAUUCGCCGGAAAGAGAAUGGUUGGGCUGAUGAAGAACAUCCACUAGUGUUUCUCUUUCUUGGCUCCUCUGGAAUUGGCAAAACUGAAUUAGCCAAGCAGCUUGCAACAUACCUGCAUCGUGGGAAACCAGGAGGGUUUAUUCGUCUAGAUAUGUCAGAGUAUCAAGAAAAACAUGAGGUUGCAAAGCUAAUUGGUGCUCCACCAGGUUAUAUUGGUCAUGAUGAUGGAGGUCAGCUUACAAAAAGACUUAAACAGUGUCCAAAUGCUGUUGUCCUUUUUGAUGAAGUAGAUAAAGCUCAUCCCGAUGUCCUCACUGUUCUUCUGCAGUUGUUUGAUGAGGGUAGAUUGACAGAUGGGAAAGGAAAAACAAUUGAAUGUAAAAAUGCAGUAUUUGUGAUGACAUCAAAUCUUGCCAGUGAUGAAAUAGCACAACAUGCACUGCAGCUGCGCAGGGAAGCAGAGGAUGUUAUGCAUCAGAGACUGGAGGGAAAACUUGAUGAGAAGGAAGUUCAGGAAACAAUAACGAUUUCCCGUGGUUUUAAGGAAAAUGUUGUGCAACCAAUUUUAAAAAGACAUUUUCGGAGAGAUGAAUUCCUUGGUCGUAUCAAUGAAAUAGUCUAUUUUCUACCAUUUUCUCGGACAGAACUGCUGAAAUUAGUUUCUAAGGAGCUCUCCAUCUGGGCAAAACGGGCUAAGGAUAAGCAUGCAAUAAAGUUGACAUGGGAUCGUGAGGUGGAAUCUCUGCUUGCUGAUGGAUAUGAUGUGCACUAUGGUGCACGGUCUAUAAAGUAUGAAGUUGAACGUCGUGUGGUCAACCAGCUGGCAGCAGCCCAUGAAAAAGGUUACAUUGGACGUGGUUUUGAAGUCCAUCUAGUUGCACUGUGGCCUGAUACCGCUGAGAGUGGGGUUAUACGAUUACGUGUAAAGGCACCUGGAGCUCGUACCUAUGCAGACGUAGUAAACAACCCUGGUUCUGGUCUAGGAGAGUUUUGGAAAUGAAGAUUUGGUUUUGUGAUUAUACUUUUGAAAUAAUUACUCUGGCGUAUAUUAAUUUUUAUGUAAAACACUGAUUUAGUUAUAAAACCUCUCGAACUAUGUCCGGUACUUUAAAUGAAAGUCAUUGUUGUAAACAGUAUUAGUUUGUUAAAUUAAAAGAUUUAUGCUUGUGACAAAAGUAA